UUCAGUGUUGGUGCAUGGAAAGAGUAUCUCGUUCUUUAAUUUUUUUCGUGUUAUUGAUAGAAAUUUUGUUGCCAAUGAAUUAUGGAGGCUGGUGCGAGUACCGGUACUCGUACAACGCGAUUUAUGAUGGAGGGUGUCGGAGCUCGAGUUAUUCGUGGGCCCGAAUGGAAGUGGGGUAAACAGGAUGGAGGAGAAGGUCACGUAGGAACUGUUCGAAAUUUUGAAUCUCCAGAAGAAGUUGUUGUCGUUUGGGAUAAUGGCACAGCAGCUAAUUAUCGUUGUUCUGGUGCUUUUGAUCUUCGAAUCUUAGAUUCAGCUCCAACAGGUGUAAAACAUGAUGGAACAAUGUGUGAUACAUGUAGACAACAACCAAUCUUUGGAAUUCGUUGGAAAUGUGCGGAAUGUGGAAAUUAUGAUCUUUGUUCUAUUUGUUACCAUGGAGACAAGCAUCACUUAAGACAUAGAUUUUAUCGCAUAGCAACCCCUGGAAGUGAAAGAGUAUUACUGGAACCAAGACGUAAAAGUAAAAAGAUUGCAAUUCGUGGUAUAUUUCCUGGUGCAAGAGUUGUAAGAGGUGUUGAUUGGCAGUGGGAAGAUCAAGAUGGUGGAAAUGGUCGAAGGGGUAAAGUUAAUGAAGUUCAGGAUUGGUCAGCAGCUAGUCCACGUUCAGCAGCUUAUGUUAUAUGGGAUAAUGGUGCCAAAAAUUUGUAUCGUGUUGGUUUUGAAGGAAUGGCAGAUUUAAAAGUUGUUAAUGAUGCCAAGGGUCAAACAGUGUACAGAGAUCAUUUGCCACUAUUAGGUGAACAAGGUCCUGGUCGCACUGGUCCACAUGGAUUACAAAUUGGAGAUCAGGUUAAUGUUGACUUAGAAUUGGAAAUAGUACAGUCACUACAACAUGGGCAUGGUGGUUGGACAGAUGGUAUGUUUGAAUGUCUUGGCACUACAGGAACUGUUGUUGGUAUCGAUGAAGAUCAUGAUAUUGUUGUAUCGUAUCCGAGUGGUAAUCGAUGGACGUUUAAUCCCGCUGUAUUAACAAAAGUACAAAUACCAGUACCAGUCACCAGUUCAAGUUCUGAUAAUCAAACAUUUGCGGUUGGAGACUUAGUACAAAUAUGUAACGAUUUAGAAAAAAUUAAACUACUUCAACGUGGUCAUGGAGAAUGGGCUGAAGCGAUGGCACCAACUAUGGGAAAAAUCGGUAGAGUUUUGCAAAUAUACCAUGAUGGUGAUUUAAAAGUAGAAGUUUGUAGUACCUCUUGGACAUAUAAUCCUCAAGCAGUUACCAAAGUUGCAAGUAGUGAUGGUAGUGUACCAGGUAAUAGCAGUGGAGAACGUUUAUCGGCAUUGUUAAAAAAAUUAUUUGAAACACAUGUCUCGGGUGAUGUUAACGAAGAAUUAGUGAAAACUGCUGCGAAUGGUGAUGCUACUAAAUGCGAAGAAUGUUUGAAGAGACCCGAGGCUGAUGUGAAUGGUGUAUUUGCUGGACACACUGCUUUGCAAGCUGCAAGUCAAAAUGGCCACUUAGAAGUUAUCAAAAUUCUCCUCCGUUACAAAACAGAUGUUGAAAUUGAAGAUAAAGAUGGAGACAGAGCUGUUCAUCAUGCUGCCUUUGGAGAUGAACCAGGUGUAAUGGCAUUAUUAGCUGGUGCUGGAGCUGAUUUGAAUGCUAGGAAUAAAAGACGUCAAACUGCCCUCCAUAUCGCGGUUAAUAAAGGUCAUGCUGGUGUAGUGCACACGUUACUGGAAUUAGGAUGUCAUCCAAGUUUACAGUACUUUUAA